GCAUGUUGGCAACGCUGACACAGUUUGCUUCUGCAGAAAUGGCGGCGUACAUUGCGACGUUUCGUUCGUCGUUUUUUCGCGUAUCUAAACAGACUGUUCGGUGUAAUCGCCGUUACAUUUCAUGUAGUUCUGUUGUGAACGACCAGUACACAGUUCAGGACCAAGCAGAUUUUAAAGCCAAAGUCCUGGAAAGUAAAAAGCCGGUGGUAGUGAACUUUCGAGCCAGUUGGUGCGGACCCUGCAAAAUGUUGACACCGAGGCUGGAAGCGGCUGUCGAUGCUAUAGGCGACAAAGUUGACCUGGCUAAAGUGGACAUCGAUGAACAGGCGGAUUUGGCAAUGCAAUAUGAGGUGGAAGCUGUGCCUUCAGUGGUGAUGAUUCAGAAUGGAAAAGUGACAGACCGCUUUGUUGGGCUCAAAGAUGAUGAUCAGAUUAAGAGUUUCCUGGCAAAAGUAGUCGCUAGUUGAUAAAGUUUCCCAACUGCUAUAGUUGUUCAUAUAUUAUUUAGUUGCUGCUUCUUAAUUGAAAGAAUAAAUUAUCUUGCUUUGUUAUAACUUCUAAGUACGACUUCUAAAAGUGCAUUCUGUGCCGGAAAUUACCUGCGCACUAUAGUACUGACCUGUGCCCUGGGUAAUCACCUGCACAUUCAGUACAGGCAUGAGAUGUGUAUAACACGUCCCGAAGUAAACACCAUCAAGAAACAUGACCUGUAUUGCAGACUGAUACUGAAUAGUCAAGUGCUCUUAGAUUUUUCUGCCACUGUCAGAGCUUUUGCAAAAUUAAUUCAUAGGCCGACCACUGUGGCAUCGCUCAUAAUCAUAGGUGUGGCGCAAACCCCCAUGCUAUAAUUUUUCGUUCUUUUCAUGGUGCUUCAAGUGAACCCAAGCCAGUGGCAGCAGUACAUUGAGGACAACCAGGCAAUUUCGCGACCUGGCGGUGAGAUCUGGACCGAAUAAUGGAUUUAUGACAAAUUACUAGUCAUUGUGAACAGUGAUGACUGCCACCAUGUACUUUAUUCCAUUGAGUUUAACGCCUACAUGAUGAGUGUGUUCCUGUGAGCUGCAUCAUAGCAUGGGUCUCACUGAGCAUUCGACUCUAGAGCUACUUCAAAAGAGAUAAUUAUUGACAUUGCAUCAUGCCUUGUGCCCAUGGGAAAAUUGUCCAUUAGAGCAGAUUUUCUAAUGUCUGCUGUCAGUGGCAGCUGGACCUCCAUCUUUCUGCGAGUGUUCCACAACGUUCCGCAGAUGUAACAAUUGCAGAAACGAGUCAUGUAGUGAGCAAACAGAAUCCUAAAAGAGCAGUGAGGUACCCUCAACUCAAAACUACAUCAACUGAAUGAAAUGGAUGCCUGUACAUGGAAUGCAAAACAUUUUUCCUGAAAUCUUCAUUACCAGCGACUUAAAUUAUAAAGCAACAUUGUUGGAGCAUGUCUGGCUGAUUUUGGCUAGCGUGACAGGUGACACAAGGGUGCAUCGGUACUAAUGCUCUUUGUGCACAAAGGGAGUGUGUAAACACCAAGACGCAUAGUUAAGGCAUGCUUCCGUGACACCACAGCCUGCUGCUGUUCAGAUAGCUGAUUUCUCGCAAAACGCUUGUGAGAACCAGUUGAUUGAGGCUUAUGUGCCUCUGAUGUAAUCUGUCAUUUAUGCAGUGCACUGAAGAUGGUAUAUCUCAUCAAAGCCCCAGCACACAUUUUGUCUUCAGGAGGUAAGCAAGAUUUGAUAGGCUGCAGUUGACAAAAUCAAAUUAACGAGAAUGUUUGCAACCUGUUUGGAGCUGCCACAUUUGAGAGCAGUUAUCUUCGACUUACCUACCUCUGAGUAGCGCGGUACACCAUUCGACCACCACGUACACCAUUUUCUUCCUCUUGAUUUCUGCGCUGAUUAUGCUCUCCCAUACUGCAGCCAAUGAAAUCUUACUUACCUCCUAAAGAUGAAAUCCAGUUAUCCGUCUUUAAAGGCAACAUUGUUUUUUGUUGUUGUUUUUUUCGUCAUUUUGGCAUGUAGUACAACAUGUGUAUUGUAUGGUUCUGUAUCUCAGCUGUUUCCAUUAUGAUCCUCAUAGAUGAAUGGUGUUGGUCGUGAUUGUAUCUUGGCCUCAGAGCACUUUUAGUGUACAGUGAGUGAGUUAACUAUACUUGAGACAACCUUCUGUACACAAACUGGUAUGCAUCAAAAGCAAAACGAGCCGUGUUCUGACAGCUCCUUUGUGACAGCCACGUCUACGUGACAAUGGAAAUUCUGUCUCCAGAUAUGUAUGCUGCAGAUAAUGAAGGGUGACACAGAUACCAACACAAACAUUUCUUCAUAUAAUACAUGAGGAGCUUUAUUCAAUGGACUACCGGCUCUGCAACUAAGCAAUACACUGUUGGCUGUUGGAAGAUUUCAGUUUGAAAUGCAGCUGUUCUGUAUAGGGAAAGGGAAGGGUACUAUGAUCUACAACGAACACACAUUUAUCUUGAAACUGCAUCACUACUAAAUGAAAGAACGUGCAGUAGGAAGAAACGGUCUGAACAAACGCAUAGGAAAUCAGCAUUGCACAUCCCAUCAUGCCCUGCUAGCCAAGCAUUCGUUACACGUUUCAUUUGAACGUUGCUUUGGCACCUCUCAUUGGAAGCAUUAUAGUUCAUUCAAAGAAAGAACACCUUCCACAGAUUGGAACAUAACUGUUAAGACAUUGUAUGAAACAAAUAUGAGAAUGAAACAGUUCUGACUAGUGUAACUUCUGUCACCUUGUUUUGCCAUCUAAUGAGAUUCAUUUAAGCUAUUCCUUGGUGACUUAGAGCGAUUAAGGAUAUAUGAUUCGUGACAUCAAUGCAAUCAUUGAGGCAACUCUAUAGAAACGGGGGAAACAUAAUCAUUGCAAUUAGUGUUGGAGGUGGUGUAUCCAAUACCAGGCUUUUUCUUUUUUCUUUUUCAAUACGUACAACAUACCAGCAUUCAACUUCACAUCAACUAAGAGGUUAGAACGUGCCAAAGCAAAUUGAGUUUGUGCAACAGUAUUAAAUUUGAUGUUCAUUAGUGGAGUGACCCGUUCGAGUGACUCAUGCAUAAAUGCAACAAUGCUCCACCAAGUGUAAGACUGGUUACGAAUGCAAGCAUGUCUGAACGUGCUUCUUUAAUAAGUCACUAACACUAACCCACUGUAUUGAGUGACUCGCCAUCGUCGGUUCAUUGCCUGCGUUAUGUACGUUAAAAGCAGCCGAUCAUAACUGACAUUUCUGCUCCUUUUGACAGAUACAUAAUUGGCGAAGGCCAUUUUCAACUAAACGCACAACUGUUCUCACACAAGCAUUCAGUAUGGUUCGGUGCAGUGCCGUGUAUGCCAAAGGGAGUCUGGCCAUUAAUGGCACCUGCCUAUACCUGAGGCUCCACCCACUUUUUUAGGUACCUAGCCAAUCACAGGUCGAAAUACAGUUGUCUAUUAUUACAUCCACCGAAUAGUUGUACCUCACCCUUCUUUACUGCGUGCCACCAUUUUGGAGAAACUCGAUUGAUUCGGAUUGAAACGGAUAUCACUGGUGACGGACCAAAACGACGGAUUUGGUGCCCACUUUUUUCAACGCCAUCUGCAUGGAGAGAGGCAUGUUCAGAAGGCUCAGAAUUGCAGAAAUGGUUGUUGGCAGAAGUGAUUGGCCAGGAGAGCGGUACAACCGCUUCUUCGUUGCAAACGACUGCUGGUAUGAAGUUUUAAAUCGCGUAAUGUAAGUAGAUAGAAUCAAAAAUGAGCAAAGAUGUGCGUAUAAAUAAAAUGCAAUUAUAUAAUGCAAAAUCCUACGUAUAGGGGUCGUCCUUGCUAUUUUCUUGGCAUCAUGGUCUUAACUAGGCCUAACUUUAGUGAAGAAACACCCCAUUUUCGCGUAAAUAAUGAUGGCGAAGCGAAAGUUGAAGCUGAUUUUGCAGAUGCGUACAUGAGGAUAUAUGUUCACAGUAUGAAAAGUAGUAAAGUAGUCUGAAAAUUUUUUUGUCACGAAAUAUCUGCUUUUCCGUUCCAAGCACCAUCCUCCAUGAUCGAGAAAAUUUUGUGUCAUGGCAGCUCCCAUGGAAAACAGUAACCAAUGAAAUGCGCCUAAGUUUGAUUGGCAGGUUGAGCCUCUUUUGUAGGCUCCUCCUAAUGGCCAGACUCCCUUUGGCAUACACGGCACUGGUUCGGUGUUGGCUCUUACGCCUUCACAUGACAACUCCAGUCGUGCAUAACGAAUAUGUUAUGCGCACCACAUUUACAUUAAGUGUGGGGUGCUUCACGUCAUCCACAGACCAUUACACAGGGUUCUCUUUGUAGUGGAAUCAGAAUUCUUAUUAAAAAAAACUACGAGAGCAUCACCUGUGCCGUUUUUGGAGGUGAAUUAUACAGCCAGGCAGACAUUUUGUGGAAGAGUAGGCAACUACUACUAGAUGACUAUUUGUCUAAAAUUCACAAGCAAAGGUUGCGAUGCACAUGUUUUCGAUUUCCGAGAUUUGCGUGCCAAAAUAUAUAGCGAUGAAUGCUUCAAGGUAUGUGCUCAUUUCAGGGUUCUUAAACAGUGGGCUGUCUUUAAACACCGACUGCUUCCAAUUCUUCUACCCCCCUGGCCAAGUAACCCACCUGCAGGACAGUAAAAUGAUGUCUGUCCUGCUCUCAAAACUUUUUAUGAGAAAAUGUGUGCUUAAAAAUAACUGUAUAUGCAUAAUCGCACCGCUGUAUGAGUUGCACCUGCACUGUAGGAUUGUGUUUUUGUUGCGGCUUUGGUUGAUGUUGUAACAAGUUCUCUUUGAAGGUUUCAUAACACUUGUGUUGACUGGCUUACAGUACAGCGCAUGUAUUAGUGCAGCAAUGUGUCGUGCAUAAUUGUACAAGUGAAUGUGGAGCAGUGCCAACCGUACAUAGAGCGUCAUACAUGGGGCAGACAAUAAACAAUCAUGCUCAUGCUCAUAGACAUUCCGAAGAAGAGUAAACAUAUGAAGCCUUUCUGUCUUGCAACUUUCACACCUCUUGGAGAAAUGCUUUCACUUUGGGAUCUCAGAGUUGAUUCCAGCGAGAAAUGCACCUUACAGAAAAAUACCACUUUUUCAUGUGUGAGACUUUGUCACAAGGUCCUCAAACGGUUUCAUCGAAAUUUGCACUUUGCAGAAAAAAAUGGGAGUGAACAAUUAGUAGCAAUUUCCUGGAACUCACUGGCUUGUGAAUCUAAUUGUAUGAAUAGAAAGGUAGUAAUUGCUGCAAUUACUGUUGAAGUACUUUUGCUUUUUCAUGUGGAAAAUGUUUUAGCGUUUUUGUGUAGAAUUGCCCGGUAAGGUGAUUCGCACAAACUUACAUUCGCAUAAGGUGCUGGAUACACUGUUCGCACUGGAGGCACUGUUUGGCUUUAAGUUCAUUCACUUGAGGGGUUUCAGUCAUAGUCGGGUGUGACACUCUGGCCAAGAAGGGCAUCAGGAGACUGGCUUGCAACAUCCAGACUGUAUUACCAUACGGAGUUCCGAAUAAAUUUGUACGUUUAUAACUGGGA